AUGGAGCGGCUAAAUCAGGGCAGGCAUCCAGCCCACCUGGAGCCACUGGAGCUUGAGAUUCUAGAGCGGAGAGAUGCCUUCGGCUUGCCCCCCAAGGCUAUCUGCGACGUCUUGGUGGAUGUCUUCUUUAGAUGGGUAUCUCCAAUCUUGCCCGUGGUGAAUCGGCAUGAUUUUAUGAAACACUAUCACCAUACUGAAGAGCGUCCGUCGAUUCUUUUGCUGCAGGCAAUGUUCACUGUGGCAUCUAGAUUCAUAACGGGUCAACAAAGUCAAACAGUUACAGCAGUUUCACCGCGCUGGUUCUACAAGAAAGCGAAGGCACUGUAUGAUGCUGGAUAUGAGCAGGAUCUCCUAACUGUCAUACAGUCUGUGACACUUCUGGGGGUCUACUGGGAUGGCCUUGAUGAUCUGACAGAAAGUGGUCUCUUUUAUUGGAGUCGGCUGGGGAUUGCAUUAGCACAGGAACUAGGGUAUCACGAGAGAGAAAAGUAUUUGAAUCUCAGUCAGCCAAAGCAAGGUCUGUGGAAGCGCAUCUGGUGGACUCUUUACACGCGAGACCGCUCUGUUGCUGCAGCUUUUGGUCGCCCACUACAUAUACACGCGGAUGACUGCACAGUGGAAGAGUUGACAGAAAUCGACUUUGUCGAGCACGACGAAGAGCUCCAAAUCGAGUACCCUACUGAUGAACUCGGGGCGCGAUUCUUCAUCCAGUAUGUCAAGCUCUGUCAACUCAUGGAUCUAGGCCUAUGUUCGAAAUUGUCAUCUCGGUCAGAUCAGGCUAGUCGACAAGUUGAAACCGCACAGUGCGAGCUUGGGUUGAACGAGUGGCUUGUAUCUUGUCCACCCACACUGGAGUGGAGGCAAUCGCGCCAUAACUUCUUAUCCGCCAUGUUAUUCUCUACAUUCCAUACACUUGUAUGCCAGUUGCACCUCUUACAGGCACCAGUGUCUUCCGUGGAGUCUCGAAGCUCGGCAUUUCAUUCCGCCUCGACUGUAAUCUCAAUUCUGGAAACUCUGCAGUCUCACGACGAGCUCCAGUACAGUCCUUCUUUUAUUAUCUGCCAUGCCGUCGUGUCCUUUGUCACUCUCAAGUGUCAAAUGGAGGCUUCGGUGCCGUCUCUCCUUCACGCGAUUCGAUCGAAACUCGAAGCCAAUCUCGAAAUAGUGGAAAUAUUAUCUCGGACAUGGCCCAUCGCCAAUAUAUUCCUGGAGCUGUUCCAGAGCAUGACGAGUCCGGAACGGUUCAACCACUUGCUGUCGGCUGCGGUGGAAGAAUGCCGAAAACGCGCCGGUGGUGAGCAAACAGGCACAUCAAGACCAACUGGACCUUUCAGAAGGCCGAAAGUAAAACAGGUGAUUCUUCCGCAAAGCAGGCUUGUUCUCCAGAUCCUACGAAGGGAAACCUUUAGGCAACCGACCAACCUAUACCAAGCGUCAGAUGCAGCCAACCAAGACUCGACGCUCAAUGGAGAAUCUUCCUCACAUAAUGCUACAUCGGAAAUCUUAGACGACUACGAACUAACUUCAGGGGCACUCGAGCCUUCUGCGGUGUUGCGAAACCUGCAGGAGAUGAUUCGGCUCCGUCAGAACCAUACCUGA